AGGCAGCCAAAGGUGAGCAGGAAUGUAUCCAGACGUCGGACAAGAGCCCGCUCAUCCGCUGUUCGUACAUAGCCAUCCGUCGGGUCACCGCGCCGAAAGAUCUUCGAGAGGCCCAUGAUCACUGGGCAGGAAGCCAAAGGAGAUGAUCUGUAGGAGAGAAGCAGAGAAAGCUGGCUGUCUGGGAGGCGUCUCCUCUUAAAGAACAAGAAACAGCCAAGUAGUCAUCGUCCCGAUAAGCUCUCGCAUGCGACUCGAGCCACAUCCGGGGGUCAAUAUGCCCCGUGCAGAUCGCAGAUCGGAAGGGGCUGUUGUCUUGUGAUAAGGAACUCGCGUCAGCCACCAAUCGCAAGACGCCCAGAAAGAACUUGGCGUAACCUCGGGAAUGCUCCGAGGCCAUGAAGACAGAACCCAACGGUCUUGGACGCUCGUGUGGUUGACCUAAAAAGGUUGAAGCUUCCAGUCUUACCCCGCCUGGGGCACAUCUUUACCUCCGCUGGCUUUAAGAGGAGGUCGAGGCGAGAGUAUGCCGGCCGCCAAGCGCCCCUGGCCACGAGAGGGUCAGGAUAGUGGCGCGCUAGAGUCCGCCAAUCGCGCAUUGGGGGAGCUCUCUCGUGGACCUUUAACUAUAUUAAGCAUGGCUUUGCGAUAAAUGGAUUCCUUGUCAAGAAAGGAGAGUGGGUUUGGUGGAGGGAUAGCGGCACAAGCCGUCACUUGGGUGGAUCAAGUAAAGUAUUUAGCUGGGAGCAGAUUAUCUGACACAUAAGCUUCCCCUCCAUUUACUCCGUCGCCGCGAUCAUGACAAGUCCCCAAAACGGAUCCAGCAGGAAUCUGCCUAAUACCACUCCCUGCUUGAGCUACUGGCAGCGCACCACUCGUGGAUUUCCCCAUCUCUUUGCCAACAAAAAUGAUCCCGUGCCUCCAAAAGCUAAAUAUGUGGUCAUCGGCUCUGGCAUAUCCGGUGCUCUCGCCGCGUUUGAGUUACUAGAAACAGGUGUCAAGGCCGAGGAUGUGGUGAUAUUGGAAGCGCGAGAAGCGGCGAGUGGUGCGAGUUCGCGAAAUGCAGGCCACGUCCGACCGGACGCAUUUCGGGGCUUCAACGCCUACUCCAAAGUCCACGGGCCCGAACAGGCUCUGAAGAUUAUAGCCAACGAACGACUUGUCCUUGAAAAAGUUGACGAGUUUGUCAAGAAGUACAAUGUGCCAUGUGACUUCCAUUUGAGCACCACUUUCGAUGUCUGCAUGACGCCCGAGUUCGCCAAGUAUGAAGCAGAGAGUCUCGAGGCGUACAAAGAGGCAGGGGGUGAUAUAUCCCACAUCAAGUUCUAUGAAGGACCGGAAGCCCAGGCAAAGACAGGAAUCCCAGGAGCCAUUGCAGCAUAUGAAUGGCCAGCAGGUUCGAGCCAUCCCGCCAAAUUGGCCCAAUUCUUGCUCCAGUCUGCGAUCGAGCGUGGUGCAAGCCUGUUUACAUUUUGUCCCGUCACGGAGGUGACACCCAAUGGCUCAUCUUUAUGGGAUAUCCAUACCCCUCGGGGAAUCAUCAUGGCCGAAAAGGUAAUACACUGUACAAAUGCUCACGCAGCGCUGCUACUACCUCAACUCGAAGCCUAUAUUCGGCCAAAUCGGGCACAAGCCCAUUCCAUCGUGCCGACCCCGGCUUUUGCGGCGGAGAAUGCCCUUCAGAAUACGUUUUCGCUACGUUACAGUCUCCAUCAUUUCUAUUCCUUGAUCCAGCGCAAGGGGGAUGGCACACUCAUCCUAGGAGUUUCUCGAUCUAACCCGACCCUGAGUCCCGAGACUCUGGACGGUCGCUUCAGCAUCGACGAUUCUCACUUUAGUGAAGAAAUCGCCCAAGAUGCUUUACGGAGCUUCCACAUCCUCUUCCCUGAUUACGCUCCCGAUGGGAAGCCGAAUCUGCACGGUGAAGGCUUGGAUCAUGCUUGGACCGGGAUCAUUGCGAUGACCACGGACUCUGUCCCCUUUGUUGGGGCGAUUGAUUCAUUGCCGGGUCAAUAUAUAUGUGCUGGGUUCAACGGUCAUGGUAUGGCAAGGAUAUUUACAUGUGCUCCUGGAAUUGCCAAGAUCGUGCUUGGACAGGCGUGGAGCGACACUAGAUUGCCGGAGUGCUUCCAAUUCAGUCAUGAAAGACUCACCCGGCUUGCAAAUGAGAACCUGCCCUCCAUAUGGUGAAAGAUCAAUAGUCGAUCUGGUCAAAUUUUAUAUACUUGUUCAUUAUUGUCAGAGGUUUCACAUCCUAUAGACGGUCCCUUCUGAUUUGGCUCUUUAAAUAGCUAGGAAUAAUCAAC